UCUAAUUGAUUGUUGUAAGCGUGUUGUUAUAUGUGUAAUUUGUAGGUAUGUGUUGAUAUGUUUUACAUACGAAAAUUAAUAAAUAUGUUUUAUAUAAAUUAUUUUAACAAAUGUUUAAAUCCAUUUUAUAAUGUUUUUAUGAUAUGGAUGAAAUCUAUCCAAACCUCUCAAAAUUGUUUCCGGAAAACUUAGAAAAAAUAUGUAAAGAUUUAAAGUGGUAUUUGGAUUCCUCAAAUGGACCGAAAAAUCUAUUUGAUUUGCAUCCCAAAUUUAAUAACAAUUUUAAGAAUUUAUUCUACAGUAUAAACGUCGAAACUCUUAAAAAUUCCGAUUCUUAUCCAUACCUUAUAGAUUCUUCAGAUGACUUAAAUUUAAAUGGAGGUUCAGAAUAUUCAGAAGAUUCUAAAAGCACUAGAGAGGCCAAGAAUAACAAUGAUAAAGAAUUGUUGAAGAAGGUCCAGGAACAUGGAAAGUAUUUUGAAGAUGUUAAUCAUAUGUGUAAAGAGAAACGAUCUCAAAUAGAGAAGAAUAUAAUAAAUACACUAUUAUCGCAUGAAAAUGAACUAUCAGAGUUCGCAAUAGACCUGAAUUACUGUGAUAACACUCUAAAAAUGAUUGAAGAUUCACUGAAUAAACAGUUCGAGUCACUGCAAGUAUCCUCAGGAAAUAUCAAAAAACUCCAUGACGAGUCCAAAGAUUUGUCACACGCACUAGAAAACAGAAGGAAAAUGGUAGAGAAACUAGAAGCUUUCGUAAAAGACGUUAUAAUAACACCCACAAUGAUUAAGGCGCUCUGCAACGAUCCAAUAAAUGAGUCAUAUGUAGUACAGGUAGAAGAGUUCGGAAGAAAGUCAGAGAAUAUCACUAAAUUGUACAAGGACAAGGAAUACCCAGCUGUGGAGUUCUCAAAGAUUCAGGUCAAGAAGCUGGAACUGGUUUUAAUAAGGAGGAUUUUUGACUUUCUGUCACUAGAGAUAAGCAACCUCGCAACACCAAAAGUUAAUAUUCAGAUGGUACAAUCAACGAGAUUUAUGGCAUUCCGACCACUUUAUAAAUAUUUGUGUAAUUUCCCAAACCACACUCAGGAUUUACAGAAACUGUACACUUAUACGAUGAAGAGGACUUAUGGUCAUCUGUUUGAAAAUUACCUGAACUCGUUGGAGGCAUGUUUUGAAAAGGAAAGGUGUAGAGAGACGUCCUGUAUGCUGAGAAUUAGAAGUUUGGCAGUAGUUCAGAAACAAAAUAAAACAAUAAGUUAUUAUGACAUGAAUUCAAGAGAUUCAAUAUUAAAAGAUUUUAAUUCACAACCAGUACUACCAACAGGAUUACAACCAAACUCACUUAAGAAGGAGUUGAUUGUAAAGUCAUAUUUUAAACUAUUAGUUGACACCUGCACAACUGAAAUGUCAUUUAUAUCUUCAUUCUUCUUUUUAAAUGACCCCAGCCCUAACGAAAAACCAGAAGCAAAUAAUAACACAAGUAAAGAAAAGUUAGAUAAGAGCAUGUUUAAAGAAAUAUUUGUGGAAGUGUUUGAAAUAAUGUCAUGUAACCUAAAGGUUUAUCUGAGAACUAGUUUUGAUUUGGUGGCCUUAACAUUAAUUUUGUCAAUUUUGAGGUUCAAUAGAAGGUUCCUAUUACAUAGAGAAAUAACAUUCUUCGAGUCUGAAAUGUAUGAGUUUGAAUCACUGUUGUAUGAAAGACUUAACUUUCUCAUGAAUGAAAUAAUAAGUCUGGUAUCAAAGACGACAAAAUCACCUAAUAUAUCAACUAUUCUCCUAUGGAACCCAGCACCGUUUGUGGUUAACUCAUCGCAUAUAAUCUAUGUCAUUUCAAGACUUAACGAUUACACAAGAAAGCUGAACCCACAUGUCAUCCAGCUGCUUCAGAUUCUAAGUGAUUUUAUAGAAAAAUCAUCAGAAAAAUUAGACGCAAACAAGAAUUCGAUCUUUAUGAUCAAUAAUUUGGUACCAUUGGUGUCAGUACUUAAAACCAUAACUGAUAAAACUAUGUUUUCAAAUGAAAAUUUUGAUUUCGGUGAAGUUUCCAAGAGGUUGGACGAGAAUCUGCAGAACAGUUUAACAUUUUAUUCUAAUUUUCUUUUAACAGAGUUUAUUUCUGACUUGAUUAACAUUAUGGAGGAAGAGGAGCCAACAAUUGAAGGAGUUACACCUAAAAAAACAUUGACAUUAGCCACAAUGGCAUUGGAAUAUAGGAAUUUGUGUAUGGAGUUUAUUCAAAGUUAUAAUGAGAGAGUCUCACUUAUCAAGAAUAUAAAUUCCCAGUCAUUUAUACAUCCACAGACUCUAGAGCUGGUUAAUAUACACGUUUUUAAUAUGUUUUAUGAAAUUUACUCUAAAUUCUACAAUAUUACGAAAGACAUUUUUAAAGAUACACCGACGGAGUGGUUUUCAAAAAUGCCAGACCCGUCCGAGUUUAGGCCAUAAUUU